AUGUGUGCGGCUCAAGAAUUAUUGAAGCUGCGGUGCAUCUCCGGUGGCUGUAGGCUGUAUCAACCACGACUGAGCAAUUUACAGCCGAUCGGUAAAUCGUCGCUCGGUGAUCUGUUUUUCGAUACUAGUAGAAAAUCACUACCGAAUGAAUUAAAAAGUAGUGCCGAAGAAACAGGAAAAAUAGCCUCUAUUUCUACGUCGUCGGACGACGGCGCUGGCCACAGCAAUGAGAUGAUGGUCGAACAUGGCAAAGCCGGUGAGAGUGAGCACGGUUACGAACACAAUAACGGACAGUAUCUCCUAUCGCAGGUGAACUUUGCCCGCGUCGAAACUCCGUUCGUGAUCGGCGUCUGGAUUUUGUCUGCUACCAUAGCGAAGAUUGUGUUCCAUGUCUCGCCCAAGUUUAGUGGUACUUUUCCUGAAUCCUGCCUGCUGCUCGUGGUCGGUGUCCUAGUCGGUGGACUAUUAUGGGGGUUGUCGAAUCUACAUGUGCCACCCCUGACACCGAACACAUUUUUCUUCUACAUAUUGCCACCGAUCAUCCUUAACGCAGGACACCUUAUACCAAACCGCAAAUUCUUCGAGAACAUUACCACCAUCCUUCUGUUGGCGGUGACUGGUACGAUAUUUAAUAUAGCCACCAUCGGUAGCUCGUUGUGGGCCUGUGGACAAACGGGUAUUUUCGGCGUCGACCUACCGCUCCUGCACAUCUUCCUAUUUUCUUCACUGAUCGCAGCCGUCGAUCCUGUGGCGGUGCUUACUGUCUUUGGGGGUAUAGAAGUCAAUGAGGUGCUGCACAUUGUAGCAUUGGGGGAAAUGUUACUUAACUAUGCUGUCACUGUCAUUCUGUAUCAUAUGUUCGAGUUGUACAACGAAAUUGGUGUUGACAAUAUCGUACCCAUGGACAUCGUGUCGGGAAUUGGAUCAUUCUUUGUGAUUGCACUCGGCGGUUCCAUUAUAGGUGUCAUCUGGGGCUUCGUGACUGGAUUGGUGACCCGAUUUACCGAACACGUGCGUGUUAUCGAGCCAAUUUUCAUCUUCGUGAUGGCUUAUCUGGCAUACUUGAAUGCAGAAAUUUUCAACAUGAGCGGUAUCCUUGCUAUCACUUUCUGUGGACUAACGAUGAAAAAUUACAUCGAGCAGAAUGUGUCGGAAAAAUCACGAACUACAAUUGAGUUCACAUUGAAAACAUUGUCCUCCUCGGCGGAAACGAUUAUUUUCAUGUUCCUUGGCGUGGUCACCGUUAACAACGAGCAUGUGUGGAACACUUGGUUCGUUUUGCUGACAAUAAUCUUCUGUUCGGUGUAUAGGAUUUUAGGUGUUUUCGUACUAUCAACGAUAGCGAAUUGUUUCAGAAUUCAGAAGCUUACGAAAGUAGAUCAAUUUGUUAUGUCUUAUGGAGGUCUUCGAGGCGCUAUUGCGUUCGCUUUGGUGUUACUGGUGGACGAGGAUCGAAUUCCACUGCAGCCAAUGUUCUUGACGACGACGAUUGCGGUCAUUUACUUUACGGUGUUGCUGCAAGGCAUCACUAUCAAGCCACUAGUUAAAAUUCUGGACGGUGGACGUUCAUACCAGCCCAAACCAACCACGAACGAAAAUAGCCAAGAAAUUGACAUGGUUUAGUUGUCUAGGAAAUAAGGAUUCUCGUAGCAGUAGAUCAUAUUUUGCUCGCUUCUGCACAAAGAACUCGUCAUAAGUUUCAAUAAGAUCUUUAAAAGUUGUAUUUCUUACAAUGCAUUUUCGACCAAAUAUUUUAUAGAAUCUAUUCAAUCAUGCAUAGUUUCACUAACAGUUAAUAUGAUCGACAAUCAUAUUGACAUCCAAACUGUUUUGUUAGGACUGAAUGUGCCUGAAGUAUAAGUAACACGGGUAUUUUAUCUUAACUAUAGCGUUGAAUCAAGGGACAUC